CCGCUCUGCAGUUGCACUCUAUCUCGAUAUUCCUAUGUCUAUGGAUCCUGCCCGUGCGUAAUUUCCCAACUUAUCUCUGUGACCAUUUUCAAACAUUUGCAACUGGUAAUUUGUGAAUAAGUCUAAAUGGAAUUUAUUAAACAAAAAGAAUUACCAGUAAUGAGACGUCUAUGAAUAAUGAAAUCCAACCAAACAGUCACCGUGACAACAUAAAUAUACAUGAAAUUUGGUGACUUGUAUUUUGCCGGUGGACCACUUUAACGUCGCAAAAAGAUCAUCAUGAGAUUCCGAUUUCUGGGAGAUAGCGAUUGCCCUGAUUGGCUUCUGGCGGAGAUCAACACUCUCUCGCGGAUGACGUCAAUUAAAUUGAAAAACUUGGGACAACUGGUGGCCAAAUUUCUGACCGAAGGGGAACUCGAUGAGAGUAAAGUAAAUAAGAUUGCUCAGGAUGCCAAGCUCGAGCCGAAUGACUCAAAGGCAGUCAUCGCUACUCUGGAAUUUAUUCUUACAUCAUCUGCGCGAUAUGGAGUAUCAACAGCUGAUCUGAGCAGCGAGUUGCAGCAGCUGGGACUUCCAAGAGAACACAGUGCUGCCAUCGCUCGUUUGCACACCGACAAUAGCUCUCAGAUAGCGGCUGUCUUGAAGGGUCAAUCCUUAAGAAUAAGUGGCUUAUCUUCCAUCGAGGUUGCACCGUCGGACAAUGCCUGUCCUUUCUCGAAGGUGUCUCUAAAGUUAAAAAAAGUCGAUGGAAAGGAAGACGACACCACUACGAUACAUAUAAUGAAAGAUGACGUGUCGGCCUUGCUUGCAGAGCUGAAAAGAGCGCGGGCACUGAUGGAAGAUUUGUAAACCGUGGGUAUAACCAUCCGUGAUGCAUUUUUUUUGUAAUAGAGUACAUGCAGAAUAAAUCAAACAAAAUUGUA